CCAUCAACAUCUUCCCAAACGCUAGACAUACAACAAGAUCUUCAUCAGACUACAAUCCAAAACGAUCAAGAUGGGCAACAACUGUAGCUCUAAGUGCAAGCUCUGCUACGGCAUGUGCAUCUUCUUUCCGAUCGGCACCUGUUUGUUAUGCCAAUCGGAUGCCAAGGCCACAAUCGAUGACAACUCCACCUCCCGUGAGAAGCAACUCUCGGAGUUCACCACCGAUGAACUCCUGGCAGUCUAUCACGCGAUGACCGUGCUUCACGACCCUCCGAUGCUAUGCGGUCAACUAGUCGGCGAGUACGACACCGCCGCUCAAUCCUGCACCAUCAAUCUCGCUUACUCGGACGACUUCCUGUCCUUCGUCAAGGAUCUUGACACUCCGCAGCAGCUCUGCGCCGAAGUCGAGGGUCACUUCGAAGUUACGACUUGUACAUUGAAUGCUACGACAUGGGGUCAGGGCUCUCUCGAAGCCAAGGCUAACGCUUGUGCUGUGCAUGGAGGUCAGUGGGCUGGUACUGGCUGUGCUUUACUUGGUUGA